GACAUACGUCAUUUUCCAUCGCCCUAACGUUGUUCAGUUGCAGUUUUGUAAUGUUUUGCUGGAUACGUAACUAGUAAAACCAUUGUAAUAAAACGCCAGGGACCCCACAAUGUCGAUUUUACGUUUUUGCUGUGUUCCAGCUAGAGCUUUUAUAAACAGGGGAUUGUUUCUGGAGUCGACUGUAUUAGCGUGUCAAAGAACAGCGGGAUAUGGAUCUGGUAGUGGAUUGGAGAAAGAUAAGGAACUAAAGAAAGCGAAAACACCACAAGGACGCUUUGACAUGGACGAAACCGAGUCGAAAUCUAAAGACGUCCUUGAAAGAUUUCCAGAUGAUGUGAAUCCGGAAACACAUGAGAAAGGUGGGCCCAAAGGCCCAGAACCCACAAGAUAUGGUGACUGGGAAAGGAAGGGACGUUGUAUUGAUUUUUAGGCCACUCUGUUUAAAUAAAUCCAGAGUUCUUCAUUAAAAGGUUAACAUUGUUUUGUAUAGGCUAUACAAAAGAGAAACUUAAAAGCAGAAAUGAUACAUCAUCCCAAUGGUUUGGGCCUAUUCUGUUUUGUGGUACUAUGCAAACAAGUUUGUUUAGUCUGCAUUGAAAAGUAUAAUUGUAACUUUAUUUUUCCUAUUGGAAACAAGAUAAUGUUGAAAAGUGUUUGCAAAGCAGGAAUAAAAAUAUUAAAUAAA